AACGGUUUUCUCCGUUCCGCCCAACCACAGCCGUACACGUCUGCCCGUUUGCUUGUUUUCAUUUGCACCGCCGUCCGCGGCCAUUCCCGACGGCGUAACCCUAACUCGUUAGUCGGAAUACGCAUUUAUCCUUUGCGCUCGCCGAACUGAAUACAUCGGAAGUCAUUUCUUCUUCGAACUACGGGUUUUGUAAUGCCUGCGAAAUCGGAGGGAGCUCGCUUGAGUUCCGACGGCGUUUCUUCUUCUAGGAGCGCCGGUCAUUUAGAUGCGGAAAAUGAAUCUGUAUCGGUCAACCCUACCUGCGACCCCCAAAUAUGUGUUAGUCAACAGAGGCUGCCGGAAUGUCCCGAUCUGGACAGGAAAGGAUGUCUGCAGGAAUGUAGAACAGAGUAUAAAGUGAAUGAGUUAGUAUGGGGGAAGGUGAGUGGUCAUCCAUGGUGGCCGGGCCAGAUAUUUGAACCUUCUGCCGCUUCUAGGAAAGCCAAGAAGUAUUCCAAGAGAGAAUACUACCUAAUAGCCUAUUUUGGAGACCAUACAUUUGCUUGGAACGACGCGUCUCGUAUAAAACCUUUCAGAACCCACUUUAUUCAGAUGGAAACUCAGUCCUAUUCGGAAUCUUUCUGUCAAGCCUUGGAUUGUGCAUUGGAUGAGGUCUCUAGAAGGGUCGAGUUCGGUCUCUCUUGCCCGUGCCUUUCAAAUGAGGUUCUAACCAAAAUUAAAACCCAGACCGUGGUCAACCGUGGAAUCCGAAAAGAAUCAUUCACAAGAGAGGUCAGUGAUGACCUGUCAACUGUUGCCUCUUUUACCCCUAAAGUGCUGAUUCAGCGUUUGAAGUCAUUAGCGACCAGCAGUGAUGGUGGUGUCAACAGAUUAGUGUUUGUGGUGGCAAAGGCUCAGCUGCUGGCUUUCAAUCGUUGGAGGGGUUCUGGUGAGCUACCCGAAAUGAUAGCAUGUGGUGAUUUGUUUGAGAAUGAUGAUGACAUUGAAGUGCCAGCAAUUCCAGGUGUGACUGCAAAGGAGCCAAAACUGCACUCUGAGGAUAGAAGGUGUAUGAGGAAGAGAGUAAAAGUUGAUAAAACUGAGAAAAAAGCAAAACAUAUCUCUUCUGGUAAUGAAAAGAGGAAACCGAGGGAUCAGAUAAAAGUGAAAGAAAUAAAAAAGAUGAAGAAGCCUGAUGGUGGUAAUACCCAGCCUACGAAGCCUCUUCGGAUUGGACAACGAAUACCGAAGGCUUCAAUUCAACUUGGUGGAUCAAAUGCAGUUUCUAACGCUCCAACAGAGUUACCUCCAUUGAAGGAGAUGCUCUUAAAGCUCUCAUUGGCUGCCAAAGAUCCCUUGAAUGGGUAUAACUUUCUGGAGUCUUGCAGUACUUUUUUCUUUGAUUUUAGGGAUUCAGAUGUGAAAAACAAUGAUUUGAAGGAAGAAGAAAAUUGCAACACAGUUAUGCCCUUGAAAGAAGAAUCCAAAGAACCUUCUGAACACAUAGUCAUGGAGCACGAAUUUGAUGAAGAUCCGCCUGGCAUUGUGGAUGGAGAAGCAGAAGAUUCCGAAGAACCUUCUGGACACAUAGUCAUGGAGGGUGAAUCUCAUGUAUAUCUGCCUGGUAUUGUGGAGGGAGAAGCAGAAGAAUCCGAAGAGCCUUCCGGACAGGUAGUCAAGGAGGGUGAAUCUGAUGAAGGUCCACCUGGUAUUAUGGAGGGAGAAGCAGAAGAAUCCAAAGAACUUUCUGAACCCAUAGUCAUGGAGCGCAAAUCUGAUGAAGAUCCGCCUGGUACUGCAGAGGGAGAAGCAGAAGAAUCCGAAGAACCUUCCAGACACGUAGUCAUGGUAGAUGAAUGUGAUGAAGAUCUGCCCAGUAUUGUGGAGGGAGAAGCAGAAGAAUCCAAAGAACCUUCUGGACACAUAGUCACGGAGGGUGAAUCCGAUGAAGAUCUGCCUGGUAUUAUUGUGGAGGGAGAAUCCAAAGAACCUUCCGAACAUAUAGUCAUGGAUGUUGAAUCCGAUGAAGAUCCACCUGGCAUAGUGGAGGGAGAAGCAGAAGAACCCGAAGAACCUUCCGGACACAUAGUCAUGGAUGCCGGAUCUGAUGAAGAUCCACCUGUUACUGUGGAGGUAGACACGGAAGAAUCCACCCCGACCACUCUGAUUCUUAACUUUCAAGAUCCAGAAGCUGUUCCCCUAGGAGCUGAUCUCAACAAGAUGUUUCGGCGGUUCGGACCUCUGGACGAGUCAUUGACUGAAGGGAAGGGUAAUAAGAGUAAAAUUGCAAAAGUCGUGUUCAAGAGGCAGACCGACGCUGAAUCUGCUUUCAGCAAUGCUGGAAAGUUUAGCACCCUCGGACCGUCACUCAUUAGUUACCGCCUUCAUUACCUUCCAAAGGGUAAGUAAAAAAUCUUAAUGCAGUUGUCACACUUUGAAAAUGUUGUGUCAAUAGUUGCCUGUGCUUUAGUUUCUUCAUCUCCUUCUUCUGUUUUUUUUGUCCCAAGACUUCCCCAUAGUCACAUGUUUUUAGGUGCUGGUUAACCUUUGCAAUUACAUGGAGCUUACGACUGUAAUCGACUAUAGAGAGCUGCCCGCUAGUAUUAUCCCGAUGCCCCUUUUUGCUUGUUGUAUGUUAUACGAAGGAUUUGGUUUGGUCUUUUGUUUGAAACAAAGGGAUUUGCUUUGU